AUGUCUCUUACCAUAGCUCCAACUUUGACGACAAAGUUCGUCAGAAGAGAUUUACCAACAUUAAGUUUACCUGAUUUAGAAGGUGAUUAUACCACUCCAGCAAUUUCAGUUCCACCUAAUGAUAAUAAUCCUUAUAUUUUAAAAACUGAAGAUACAGCAGGAACAGUUUUCAUUGCUGUAGGAUCCAUUGUAGGUGCUAUAUUGUUAGGAUUCAUUUUAUACCAUUUAUUUAUUUCUUUCACUGCCUCCAGAUUAGCCAAAAAAGCUUUCAAAACUGAUAAGGAGAUGUACGAAAAGUAUCACCACAAUAAUAAUACCGCAUAUGGUUUAACUCCAUCUAGUUCUACCUUAAAUUUCAUGAACAGUCGUUCAGGAACUGCUACCCUUUCAAACUUCCCAUUAUUAUCCCAUCAUGCUUCAAAAUCAGUGACAGGAUUGGCUGAUCUUAGUGACAACCAGUUAGGUGAUACUUCCACUUUAUACCAAUCAGAAGUAGGGGCACCUACAACUAAGAAUGAUUUAACUAAAAUGUUUGUUUCACCAACAGCUGAAGUCAUGUCCCAUAAAAAAAUGAAAUCGGGUCAUAUUACCGGAUCUAUUCCUUCGUUCAACUCAUCAUCCACAAAUUUGAAUAAUUCACCUGUCAAUAAUAGACAUUCCACUAUCAUUCCUAACUUAUAUAUCGAUCAUGAUAUGAAUAAUAGUGAUUAUACCUUGAGUACCAAUAAAGUAUCCAACAGUUCCAUUCCAAACAUUCCAAGUCAUUUACAAACAUUAAGUGAGAGUGGUGAUACAACUUUGAAUUCUAAACCUAAAAGAAAAACCAUUCCAAGUAUGUAUUUAGAGGAUUUGAUUGAUGAAUAA